AAAGGAAUGGCCGAAAUUGAGGUGAGAAUAGGUGGACUUUUGGUAGGCGGGAGCCAAAAACAGGAUUUUUUUUUUUUUCCCCUUUUUUUGUCAUUCCCUUCCAAAAAGAAAAACCCUCCACAAAAUUACAAACAGAGAUCUUUAACUCAGCAGCUUCACACCAAAAUAUAGUUUUUUUUUUCCUUGGUGUUUUAGCGUUGUAGCGAGGGAGAUACACAGAGCGAGAAGGGUAGAAUGGGAAAUCAGAAGCAAAAAUGGACGGCGGAAGAAGAGGAGGCGCUUCUCGCCGGAGUCGCCAAACACGGCCCUGGCAAGUGGAAGAACAUUCUUAAAGAUCCCGACUUUGCCCCUUACCUCACUCACCGCUCCAACAUUGACCUCAAGGACAAAUGGCGAAAUUUGAGUGUUAGUACUUCUGCUCAAGGCUCCAGAGAUAAAUCAAGAGCACCUAAGGUGAAAGCCAUUGUUGCUUCCCUUCCCAACACUCCCAGUUCUGCUCCAGCUGCUUCACGUGCUCACAUUGUAACUACUGAUGCUGUGGUGGGUGAUGCUUCAAACAGCUCCUUAGAUGGGAAGAAUGCUCCUAGGUAUAACACAAUGAUUUUUGAAGCCCUUUCAACCAUUAAAGAUACAAACGGGUCUGAUAUUAGUGCAAUUGUAAGCUACAUUGAGCAAAGGCAUGAGGUUCCACCAAAUUUUAGAAGGUUACUAAGUUCAAGGUUGAGAAGACUUGUUUCUCAAGGCAAACUGGAAAAGAUACAAAAUUGCUACAAGAUCAGAAAAGAUAUCUUGAUGGGAACGAAAACACCUACCCCUAAACAAAAAGAUAUUAGGUUACGGCAGAAUUCUGGUGUAGUGAGUUCUGGUGAAACAAUGGAAGAAGCAGCAAUUACAGCUGCCUAUAAAGUUGCUGAAGCAGAAAAUAAAUCAUUUUUGGCUGCUGAAGCAGUUAAGGAGGCAGAAAGAGUAUCAAAAAUGGCGGAAGAUACAGAUUCAAUGCUACAGCUAGUGAAAGAAAUCUAUGAACAGUGUUCGCGUGGUGAAAUUGUUCUUUUGGCUUGAGUCUUAGCUUCCUAGGAUGUAACUGAUAGGAGUCUUUCCUCUAUAAUUUUUGGAAUCUGUAUCUAUGUAAAUUCAUUGAUCGUGGGGAUAAAUGCCUCGGCAUUUUAUUGAAAUGCAUGGGAAAUUACGCCCAUCCAAAGAUCAAUGAUGAAUCAUAUAAAAUCAAUGUACAAUUAGCCCAUCAUAUUGAGAGCGGAAACUAGUUUUGAGUUUUGGAAGCAAUGCAUUUAGGGGAAUGUACAUUUUAGAAUGAUAUACUGAAUAAACAUCUUUAGACCUUGGCUUGGUGCUGCGUAA